UUUCCGCCUCUAUAAAUGCCGCCCCCACACGCUCUCGUCCACGGCAAAACCCAACGGAUCUAUAACGACAGUCACUCUGCUGGCUGCUGUCUCCUCACCCCACACACUCACAGAGAGGCGCAGCAGCAGCAGCAGCAGCAGCAGCAGGCCAUGGCUCAGGGAAGAGGCCGUGCGGGGCAGGUCUUCGCCCUCGGCUUGCUCGUGCUGUGCCUCCUCCUCGGCGCCGCCACCGCCGGCGCCGCCACCUACAACGUGGACUGGUCGUUCGCCGCCGACAGCUGGUCCAGCGGCAAGAGCUUCCGCGCGGGGGACGUCCUCGUGUUCAGCUACAACCCGGCCGUGCACAACGUGGUGGCGGUGGACGCCGGCGGCUACAACAGUUGCCGGGGCUCCAGCGCGGCGUACACCUACACCUCGGGGAGCGACCACGUCACGCUCGUCCCGGGGACGAACUACUUCAUCUGCAGCCUCAGCGGCCACUGCGGGCUCGGGAUGAAGAUGGCCGUCACUGCAAACUGAAGCUGGCCGCAGCUUUCGGUUUCAAAAAAGUUGGCUGCGCCUGCGAUGCCAUCUGUGCGCAUGUGAAAACAUCAAUAAAAGUGUUGUGGAACUCGGUGACUCCUAGGCUCCUAGUACUACGUGAUAGUGUACGCCCCGUGUGUUGUAUCCCUAUGUUAAGCGGUUGUUAUUCCGAAAGUACCUUUCUCACCUGACCUCAUAGUCUCCUGGUGCGAACAGUAAAAUAAAUAAAAUAGAAAAAUGUUUUAAAUA